ACGAUAUUAGCGAUCAUUAAAUGUUAUGUGUCAUGAGGUUACGUAGCUCAGAUCGUUAUGUAGCUAAUGGACUUCCUGUAAAGUUUUGUAACAUCGGGAGAGACCUUAUGCAAUUUUAUACGGUUAACAUAAAGAAGGAACUGUUGUGUAUGUGCUACGGCUUGGAGUUUUGCUGUUCAUUCGGGGAGAGAAAAAGGCAGGAUCACAGAGGAGGGUUCCUAUAGACGACGAGAUGACUCAGGUGCGCAGAUCGGUAACUGAGGCGCUAUGGGGAUUGUGUGCGGCGGACGCGAUGUCCAUGCCUGUUCACUGGUACUACAACGUCCGAGAUAUCAUGAAUGAUUUCGAUGGCUGGAUAACUGGCUUCAACGCUCCAAGAAACAGGCACCCGUCCAGUAUUCUCACCCUUUCCAACGCAGCGGGCAGUGGGCGCACUGCCUGGUCCUCUGGCAACAGACCUCCAGUUGUGGGAAAUGUUAUCUUACAUGACAAGCUCCAGUUCUGGAAGCUUCCAGGAGGUUCAGUUCACUAUCAUCAAGGCCUCCAGGCUGGAGAGAACACACUGAAUGCCCUCUGUGCCCUGAGGGUGGCCCAAGUACUGGCGACGGGCAAGUUUGGCAGUAUGGCUGAUCCUGCAGCGCGGGCAGCAGUACUCUCUGACUACGUCCAGUUUAUGACUACUCCUGGUACACAUGACGACACCUACGCAGAAUCUUUCCAUAGGUCCUUCUUCUCUGAUUGGCAGGAUCAAAGACCCACCUCUCCCAGCAAGGUUUUGGAGUUUGCGGAAAAGCGCAACAAGCAGAAGAUGAAUUUAUCGGUCCCUGACAGCCAGCUGGACGCCAUUGGCUGUUUCCCUAUGGCCAUCCCUUUCAUACUGCUCUCCGCCACAGCCAGUGAGAAAGAGGCGGUGUCGGCGGCCGUGGAGUUUGUUCGGCUCACCCACCCCCACCCAAAGCUGGAUAAAUUUGUUACAUUGUAUGCACGGGUGCUUCACGCUACCCUCAACGGGGCGUGUCUGAAACAGCAGGCCGAACAGGCACUCAAGUCCCCUACCCUAGACGUUUGGGACACCUGCCAGCACUUCAUGCAUCGAGCAGCCAGGUUUCCCAGUUCCUCAGAGGAGAGACUGAAAGUUCACCAGUCUGCUGUGGAGGUGCUUGGUCUGGCCUGUUAUACUAAAGGUGCUCUUAGCAGCCUGUUCUACUUGGCCCACGAGUUUCACAAUGACUUAAAGGGGGGAAUCUUGGCUAAUACCAACUGUGGGGGAGAAAACUGCAAUCGGGGUGCAGCCCUCGGAGCCUUGCUGGGGGCACGAGCGGGGCACUUGGGUCAUUCCGUACCGCAGGAAUGGAAAGAUGGACUGCGAAACGCACAGGAGCAGAUCUCCGACCUGCUGGAGGAUCUACCGUAAUCCCGAACCGUCCGGAAAGCAAAAUGAAAUGAACAAGCCGACGAGCUUGUCUCACGUUGUCUCUCCCCCUCGGCAAAUCUCCUUUGACCUCUGUCUGUCUUUUCCCACCUCCUUUCAAUGUCUCUUUUCCCUCACCGCACAGAAUUCAGAUGUUUGUUCACACACACAGAUUCCGAUCUAGUUUACUCUCUAAUAUACUUUAAUGUUCUUUCACAUUCACACGCCCAGAUAAACUAGAUGUACAGGAAAUGGUCCCCACAAGGAUGUGUGGUUGCCAGCAACAGGCUUCACUUUCAUAUAAAAAACCCCCACACCAUACCCCGUUUUACAGACACUUCAACUUCAUGCAUACUGUCUAUAGAUCCACAAGUACACACAAACUCUAUCGCUCAUAUAUGGUAAAAAGAUUGUAAUGACACUGCAGUUGUGACGUAAUUGCGGCUUUUCGCUGCGUUUUGACGGCUUUUGGAUGUCUUGCUGAAGUCACUGUGCUCACACUGUCACUCAUCUAUGCAUGCAAGAGGCAGCAGAGCCCCUGAUUCAGGCGCCACCCAGUAAUGAUAUUACUAAUAAUUUCAAAACAGACAUGUGUAAAAUAACACAGGCAAUACUGAAAUUUCCCAU